AUGGCUUCCAGCGAUGCAGCAAUCGAGCAAGAUCCCACUCGACCCACGACUGCAGCGGACAUCAAACUAACUGAGCUGGGUUAUAAGCCUGAACUGCGGCGUCAAUAUUCUCAGCUCGCAGUCACAGCCAUCGCCGUCAUCACUUGUAAUUCAUGGGGCGCGGUAGGAGGAAGUCUCAUCACAGGCAUGGCCUUUGGCGGUCCCCCAACCAUUAUUUAUGGCUGGCUGCUGGUCACUUUUGUCUCCAUAUUCACGGCAUUAUCACUAGGGGAAUUUGCCAGUGCAUACCCUACCUCUGCUGGUCCUUACUUCUGGGUGGCCGCAAUCUCUCCACGACAUCUAGUAGCACCGUUGAGCUAUCUGACUGGAUUGUUGAACUUAGUAGCUUGGAUUGUCACAACGUCGGCUGCAACUCUGUUCCUUGCUCAAUGUGUAAUGGCAAUGAUCAGCCUGUGUACUUCCGAUUUUGUUAUCGAGCGUUGGAUGACGUUCCUUGUCUACACGGCCUUUCUCCUAGCUGGAUUGACAAUGGCAACAGUAGGCGAUCGGUUGAUGCCCAAGGUUGUCCAACUGGGUCUUCUGUUCACUGCUCUUGGCUGCUUUGUUUCAGCGACUGUCGUCCUAGCCACCUCAUCGCACAAGGCAUCUGCAAAGGAUGUUUUCCAGACUUUCAUCAACCAAUCUGGGUGGAGCAGCAAUGGGAUUGCGGCUUGCAUCGGUCUCAUCAACCCCUCGUUUGGGUUUGCCGGCUUUGACGCAGCUAUUCAUUAUGCUGAAGAGAUCAAAAACCCGUCGAUUGCUAUCCCCCGAGCUUUAAUAUCCCUCGUUGGUAUCAAUUUUGUCACUGGACUUUUCUUCUUUAUCAGUAUCUUUUUCAGUGUCACGAACUAUGAUGCGGUUCUCGCAACCACUACAGGUCUACCACUUGCUGAGAUGUAUCGACAAGCGGGAGGUUUAGGUGUCGGUGUUGGCCUUACUUUUGUUGUCUUUAUUGCCGGAAUCCCAGCUAUGUUCGACAUCUUUAUCGCAACAGUUCGCCUGACAUGGGCAUUUGCUAGGGACAAUGGGCUACCCUUCUCGGAUAGACUCGCAACAGUGAACGCCAAACUUGGUGUUCCCUUAUGGGCGGCAGUUGCCAUCGCUGUCAUUGAAAUCCUGCUAGGAGUCGUAUACAUUGGCAACACCACAGCAUUCUCAGCCUUUAUUUCUUCAUCUCUCAUAUUGAACAACCUGAUAUAUGUCGUCCCCAUUCUGGUAAACAUGGUUCAAGGGCGACAAGCGGUUGUUUAUGGACCUUUCCGCCUAAAGGGGAUCUUUGGCUGGCUUUGCAACUCCAUAGUCUGCUGCUGGAUUCUUUUCACCGUCAUCUUCUUCCAGUUCCCAUUCUUCCGACCGGUCACCCCUGCGAACAUGAACUAUACCGUGGUCAUUCUCAUGGCUACAGUCAUCCUUGGAUCCGGAUGGUUUCUAUUGGCAGGACACAGCACUUAUCAUGGUCCUGAGUCGCAUAUAACUGUGCAAGGGGUUCCACAUGUAAACAAUCAAGGAACCAAGGGAGAGACUAAAUUAGUCCUUGUCCAGACGACAGGCUCGCAGACCGCUGAAAGUCAAUCUCUGGAAAACUCGAAAAUUAAGAAAUGA